UGGGCGGCGCGCAUGCCAGUACCCGAGCCUCCAUACCGCGAUAUGCACUACCCGCUCGCAUCUCCUGCUAAAUCUCUACUCUCGCUACAUCCCAAAGUGACGUGUCGCGGGCGAACGAUGUAGAAACCAGCGGGAAGCCCCAUUUAAAUUUAAGAAAUUAUAAAUAAGAAGUGAUAAUUAUGACAAGCAAUAUUUUAAUAAAAUAUAAUGGGCUCAAGAAUACUCGCAUGUAAAGAGUGUGAGCCCUUAAAUUCGAGCAUAUCAAAAAUAUGGACAUUCAGAAACAACACUUAUGCCCGCGGCUGGUGGACUAUCUGACUAUAGUUGGUGCACGCCCUUAUACUUCUGGGAAAGGACUCGCUCCAGUUCAGGCACCCGAGCUCCUUCGUCGGUAUCCACUCACCAACCACGAUGACUUCCCGCUGCCGCUCGACAUGGUGUACUUCUGCCAGCCCGAGGGCUGCGUGUCGCAGGGCCCCCGCCGCAUGCCGGGCCACCUGGCCACGCGGGACACCACCUCCUUCGUCUUUACUCUCACGGAUAAAGACUCGGGCAAGACGCGGUACGGGAUCUGCGUGAACUUCUACCGCGCGAUGGAGCGCGCGGCGGCGCCGGGCCCGCGUGAGCGCAGCGUGCUGCGGCGCGAGUCGUGGCGCAAGUCCAUGGAGAAGAGCUCCGACUCCGCCUUCUCCAGUGACUAUAGGAGCAGCAACGUGGCGCCGAGCGACUCGGAGCGCGAUUGCAGCGCCGCGCUGGCGCCGCGUCUUGCACCUGACUCCGAGUCGGGCGGCAGCCACUCGCCAAGCCCCCGCGCCACUAGGAAACGUCAGCGCGUGCGGAAUCAUUCCUUAACCUCAUUAUGUUUACUUUCUCAUCACCCAUUCUUUUCAACGUUCCGAGAGUGCCUAUUUAUCCUAAAGAAGUUAAUAGAUGCCUGCAAUGAGUCUUCCAGUCCUCGACGAGUCGGGGCGUCCAGACAAAUAUUUAGGGAUACGGUUUGGUCAGUAUUGACGGGUCAAGCAUACGACAAUACGCCGACGAUCGUGCUACAUGACGUAAAGGAGAUCGAGACAUGGAUCCUUCGGCUGCUAUCAGCUCCAGUACCCGUACCGGGCAAGACCCGCUUAGAACUUGAAGUUCUAUCGCCCACGGCUCACGCGCCUCUACUGUUCGCGUUGCCUGACCACACCCGGUUCGCCCUGGUCGAUUUCCCACUACAUUUACCUUUGGAGCUGUUAGGUGUGGACACCUGCCUGAAGGUCCUCACGCUGAUUAUCCUCGAAAACAAAGUGGUGGUGCAAUCGCGCGACUACAACGCGUUGUCAAUGUCGGUGAUGGCACUCGUGGCUAUGCUGUAUCCUCUGGAGUACAUGUUUCCCGCCAUCCCGCUGCUGCCCAGCUGCAUGAGCUGUGCGGAGCAGCUGCUGCUGGCUCCGACGCCCUUCCUGAUUGGCAUACCGGCUACGUUCCUCACUUAUAAGAAGAACUUCAGGUUACCUGAUGAUAUAUGGCUAGUGGACUUAGACGCGACAAAGCUCGUAUGUCCCACUGGCCAAGACCAAGAACUACCGCCACUACCGGAGCCUGAAGGCUCCGUAUUGAAAAACCACCUCAAGCAGGCGGUGCAUCUCAUGGGAAGUGCCGGAACUGGUGCUCUGAACAGCCUGACCAACACCUCUGCGGAACAAGCGAAUGCUCUUCUGAUGCCUUCUAGAAGAGACAGUGUGGGGGGCGCUACGCUAAAAGUGCAACAAGCGUCAUACCGCGCUGCGGACGGCGCGUGGCCGCACAGCACGCCCGAGAGCCGGCGCGUGUCCGUGGGCAGCGCGGGCGCGGCCGGGCCCGCCAGCGCCGGACACACGCCCACGCGCCUGUCGCUGGCCUCGCCGCACCAGCCGCAGCCCUUCAACCCGCUCAUCUACGGCAACGACGUCGACUCGGUCGAUGUGGCCACGCGAGUCGCUAUGGUGAGCUCACAACGCUACAGGCGCUGCCACACGCCCACGCGCCUGUCGCUGGCCUCGCCGCACCAGCCGCAGCCCUUCAACCCGCUCAUCUACGGCAACGACGUCGACUCGGUCGAUGUGGCCACGCGAGUCGCUAUGGUGAGCUCACAACGCUACAGGCGCUGCCACACGCCCACGCGCCUGUCGCUGGCCUCGCCGCACCAGCCGCAGCCCUUCAACCCGCUCAUCCACGGCAACGACGUCGACUCGGUCGAUGUGGCCACGCGAGUCGCUAUGGUGAGCUCACAACGCUACAGGCGCUGCCACACGCCCACGCGCCUGUCGCUGGCCUCGCCGCACCAGCCGCAGCCCUUCAACCCGCUCAUCCACGGCAACGACGUCGACUCGGUCGAUGUGGCCACGCGAGUCGCUAUGGUGAGUUUACAACGCUACAGGCGCUGCCACACGCCCACGCGCCUGUCGCUGGCCUCGCCGCACCAGCCGCAGCCCUUCAACCCGCUCAUCCACGGCAACGACGUCGACUCGGUCGAUGUGGCCACGCGAGUCGCUAUGGUGAGCUCACAACGCUACAGGCGCUGCCACACGCCCACGCGCCUGUCGCUGGCCUCGCCGCACCAGCCGCAGCCCUUCAACCCGCUCAUCCACGGCAACGACGUCGACUCGGUCGAUGUGGCCACGCGAGUCGCUAUGGUGAGCUCACAACGCUACAGGCGCUGCCACACGCCCACGCGCCUGUCGCUGGCCUCGCCGCACCAGCCGCAGCCCUUCAACCCGCUCAUCCACGGCAACGACGUCGACUCGGUCGAUGUGGCCACGCGAGUCGCUAUGGUGAGCUCACAACGCUACAGGCGCUGCCACACGCCCACGCGCCUGUCGCUGGCCUCGCCGCACCAGCCGCAGCCCUUCAACCCGCUCAUCCACGGCAACGACGUCGACUCGGUCGAUGUGGCCACGCGAGUCGCUAUGGUGAGCUCACAACGCUACAGGCGCUGCCACACGCCCACGCGCCUGUCGCUGGCCUCGCCGCACCAGCCGCAGCCCUUCAACCCGCUCAUCCACGGCAACGACGUCGACUCGGUCGAUGUGGCCACGCGAGUCGCUAUGGUGAGCUCACAACGCUACAGGCGCUGCCACACGCCCACGCGCCUGUCGCUGGCCUCGCCGCACCAGCCGCAGCCCUUCAACCCGCUCAUCUACGGCAACGAUGUCGACGUGGCCACGCGCGUCGCUAUGGUCCGCUUCUUCAACUCACAAAACAUUCUGGCGAAUUUUAUGGAACACACGCGAACACUGCGCCUCUAUCCCCGACCUGUGGUGGCCUUCCAAAUCAACAGCUUUCUGAGGUCAAGACCGAGAACUACAUCUUUCUUGAAUAAAUUCGCCCGAACACAGGCAGUAGAGUUCUUAGCUGAGUGGUCACUCACGCCUUGCAACGUGGCAUUCCUUCGAGUGCAGACGGGUGUAUUCGAUCCGCGGCAGAUCGGUGACAAGCCCAAGUGGUUCGCUGAUCAACUACAGCCGAUCCGAUUUGCGGUUUGGGACGAUGGAAGCUCGCUCAAUGGCGCUCUGAGGCAGUUGCAACGCCAGGAAAACCAACCAACAGAUGAGAGUGGUUCAGACUCAGAUGCCGCGGAAAGUACAAGCUCGUCUUAUUCGUCUCUGAGUGACUUUGUAUCAGAAAUGGUCUCGUCAGAUCUGUCACCAGGUGGUGGAAAUGCUCAUCAGCAUGUGAUUGGAGAAACGUAUAGUGCUGUUGUUCAAGUUCCAAUGACAUUAUCAUCAUCGUUGGAUCCUAGAACGGUGUACAGUCCGCCGUCCUCGCUAAUGUUCGGCUUCGCCUCGGAAGCGGCGCCGGCGCAGGGCCGCGAGUCCACGUCCCCCUCGCCCUCCGCCUCCAGCUCCGAGCAUAGCGACCUGUCCGAUGACGAAGCCGCCGCAGAGCCGAGACACGCGGACGCUAUGCACGCCACGCCUGUCAAGAAGAGCUGUGUGGUGUCGCUAAUGUUCGGCGAGGGCUCGGAGGCCGAGCAUAGUGACCGGUCCGAUGACGACGCCGCAGCAGAGCCGAGACACGCAGACGCCAUGCACGCCACGCCUGUUAAGAAGAGCUUGUAUAGUCCAUCGUCCUCGCUAAUGUACGGCUUCGCCUCGGAAGCAGCGCCGGCGCAGGGCCGCGAGUCCACGUCGCCCUCGCCCUCCGCCUCCAGCUCCGAGCACAGCGACCUGUCCGAUGACGAAGCCGCCGCAGAGCCGAGACACGCGGACGCCAUGCACGCCACGCCUGUUAAGAAGAGCUGUGUGCUGUCGCUAAUGUUUGGCGAGGGCUCGGAGGCCGAGCAUAGUGACCUGUCCGAUGACGACGCCGCAGCAGAGCCGAGACACGCGGACGCCAUGCACGCCACGCAUGUUAAGAAGAGCGACACCGACAGCGGCAGCUUCUGGCGCGAGUCGGACUCGAACUCGACGACGACGCCCAAGACGGUGGUGAGCCGCCAGCGCGCCGCCGCCGACACCGCUAGCACCAGCGACACCGACAGCGGCAGCUUCGGGCGCGAGUCGGACUCGAACUCGACGACGACGCCCAAGACGGUGGUGGACACCGACAGCGGCAGCUUCGGGCGCGAGUCGGACUCGAACUCGACGACGACGCCGAAGACGGUGGUGAGCCGCCAGCGCGCCGCGGCCGACAGCACCAGCACCAGCGACUCGGACCGCGCGCUCACGCCCUCGCACCACUCCCUGCCGCCGCACCAAGCCCAUGUCAAGAGCACUAGCAGCGGCGUCUCGCGACAAGCUUCCCAGAGUUCUCUUCUAGAGCAGUUCGCAGCGCAAGCCAAGGAGCUGGUACGAGAAACCACUCGCCAGAGUAGCCAGGAAGGCUUACUGGCCCAUAUGGACAAGAAAGGAAAAGUGACAGAAGGGGACGAAAAGAAAAUGUUUGCUCCUUUCGGUCAGCUUACACUUCACGCCAAAAAAGCCGCAGAAGAAGCGUCAAAAAGCAUGCAAGAAGCAUCUAAAUCCGCCUUAGAAGCAAGCAAGACAGCGACGGCGGUCAGCAAAAACACGUUCGAAGAUCUAACUUACGUGGGAAAAUCAACUUUCGGAGACCUGACUAAAAGUGCUAAAGAAGCUGCUGCUAAGAAAGGUCUGCUGAUGAAGGGUGAGAGCCAAGACUCUACGGGCAGUGCGACCUCGCGGCGCGACUCGACGGCUCUCCAGACCACCAACCUGCUGACGGCCACGCACCGCGACUUCUUCUCCAACAUCAGUUCUGAUCUGAAUGGCCUGGCCGCGUCCACUUCCAGCAUGUUCAGCGACUUCUUUGGCUCUAAAGGCAAGCAAGUGAAGCCAGCCGAAAGCCCCCGCUCUGCUCCGCCGGGGCCGCAAUCGUCGACACCUCUAUCGGCGACGUUCGGGCCUUUCUCGCAAGGAGCGCGGGGCUUGGUGCAGCGCACGCCGCUCAUACGCCACGCCCCGCCCACUACCGCGUCAUCACCGCCUGCCACUAGACCUUCGGCUAAUUCCGAAAACCAGGCCUUCCUCAAUGAUUUGGUGCAACACGUAUUGGAGGGUGAAGGCGUUGGGUGGCUGAAACUCAACCGCUUAAAGAAGUUGAUGGAAGACGAGUCCUACCGCAAUAUGGUGCUAAGCAAGCUGAACAGAAACUUUAAUAGGAAAGCCACGCCGAACGACAAGGUUGAUGACGUGUUCGUCAGCAAGCCCGUCUGGAAAGGGAUGCUCAAAGUUCUCCAAGCUGUCGUCCACGGUCUCGAACACACAUACUCUAACUUCGGGCUAGGCGGCAUGGCUUCGGUGUUCCAACUGGCAGAGAUGGCUCACACGCACUACUGGAGCAAAGAGCUGGCAGGACUUGAACACGGCGGGCUAGCCGGCCUCGGGGACCAUUAUGGAAGGCACGAGCUGGAGACGCCGUCAACAUCGCCGUCAUCUAGGAAGAGCUCCCAGACAGAUGUCCCUAUAGUGAACUACCCCGAAAUGGAUUCGAACGACACUCAAAGCACCACAGAGAUGUUCAAAGACAUGUUGAACCAAAAGAGAAAUCUUCUGUUCAGCAAGUUGACAUCCUUCGAGUCCGAUGCCGCGCCCUCGUCGGACUGCUCGGCCGACGAGAGCGGCUCGAUCACCACCAACCGAGUCAAUCUGUACGACCACCGCGCCUCGUUUAAGUCCAACCUCUCUGACACUGAUGUCAUGUUCCUCAAUGUUGGCCGGGCUGCAAAUGCUUCUGGAAAACCUCGCGCAGCCAGUGUAUUCUCUUCCAAGUCCUCGCUCAGUGGGUAUAGACCACCUGUGGGCGUUCCCACCACGUCACCUCUCACCUCACCCGAUACUGCAAGGACUUACCUCUACCAAGGACUUAUUGGGAAAGAGAGGUCGAAUUUAUGGGACCAAAUGCAGUUUUGGGAAGACUCGUUUUUGGACGCGGUGAGCCAAGAAAGGGACAUGAUUGGCAUGGACCAAGGUGCUAACGAAAUGAUGGAGCGGUAUAAAUGUCUGAGCGAGACGGAAAGAAAACGUCUCGAGCAUGAGGAGGAUAGACUUCUGUCAACUGCGCUGUAUAAUUUGACAGCAGCGUUGGUGUUGUUCGGAGUCGAGCCUGACAUAGUGCGGAACAAAGUACGUCGGUUGCUCGCUAAGAGUCACAUUGGGCUGGUAUACAGCCAGGAAGUUAAUCACCUUCUCGAUGUUGUGCAUACUUUGCACGGCAAUGAUAUCGAGCUAAAGCCGCUUGGCUCGCGGCAGCUGCGGCGAGCGUCAUUCACGGUGCAUGAGGGUGACGCCAGCGGAGAGCUGCGGUUCAUCGAAGUGCGAGACGACGGCCUCGUGCUGCGUUCCACGCAAGGUACCAUCAUAGAACGUUGGUGGUACGAGCGGCUGGUGAACAUGACGUACAGUCCAAAAAUACGAGUUUUGUGCCUUUGGAGGAAGAAUGGCGGUCAGACGCAACUUCAUAAAUAUUACACCAAAAAGUGCAAAGCGCUGUACUACUGCAUCAAAGAGGCCAUGGAGAAGAGCGGCCGGCGCCAGGACGCGGCUGAGCUCGGCGGGGAGUUCCCCAUACAGGACUGCGCCUCGGGCGAGGGCGGCCUCAUACAGGUGUGCAUGGAAGGCGUCGGACUCCUAUUCCACCACAGCAAGUUUUUUGUGCGGCUUGAUCACAUUAGAAAAUGCUUCACACAGAAUGGCGGUAUCUUCGUUUUAGAAGAAUUUAAUCCAAAAACCAGGCAAAUUAUCCAGAGAAAGUACAAAUCCAUUAUGGCGGACCAAAUAUGCUACGCGGUGUUGUGCGUGUUCUCUUACUUCGCGGCGGGGCAGGAGCAGAAGAAGGCCAUCCUGGAGCAGGCGGCCCGCGUGCCCCCCGCGCCGCACCUCGCGCCGCCCCGCGCCUCCCACGCCUCGCACUCCGACUCCGAGCUGUCGCCCAAGCGGACCAGUCCUCAGGUCAGUCUUAGCAAAGAUACUGAAGUCGUGGUAUUCUCGUACUUCUCGGUGGGACAAGAGCAGAAGAAAGCCAUCUUGGAGCAGGCGGCGAAGGUGCCUCCCACGCCUCGCACUCCGACUCCGAGCUCUCCCCUAAGAGGACUAGUGCUCAGCUCAGUCUUACAAAAGAUACUAAAGUGUAUGCUAAGCAGUCUUCACGAACUUCGCGGCGGGUCCGGAGCAGAAGAAGGCCAUCUUAGAGUAGGCGGCCAGGGUGCCCCCCGCGCCUUUCACGCCGACUCCGAGCUGUCGCCCAAAAGGACUAGUCCAGAGGGUGCCUCCCACGCCUCGCACUCCGACUCCGAGCUCUCGCCCAAGCGGACCAGUCCUCAGGUCGGUCUUAGAAAGAUACUAAAGUGUAUGUUACGUGGUCUUCUCAAACUUCGCGGCGGGGCAAGAGCAGAAGAAAUCCAUCUUGAAGCAGGCAGCAAGGAUGCCUCCCACGCCUCGCACUCCGACUCCGAGCUGUCGCCCAAGCGGACCAGUCCUCAGGUCAGGCUUAGCAAAGAUAUUAAAAUGUAUCCUACCAGGUGUUGUGUCUUCUUAUACUUCGCGGCGGGACAGGAGCAGAAGAAAGUAAUAUCCAGCGCCUCCCACGCCUCGCACUCCGACUCCGAGCUGUCGCCCAAGCGGACCAGUCCUCAGGAGCAGAAUAAAUCCUUGUUGAAGCAGGCGGCGAGGGUGCCUCCCACGCCUCGCACUCCGACUCCGAGCUCUCGCCCAAGCGGACCAGUCCUCAAGUCGGUCUUACAAAAGACACUAAAGUGA